CAGCUCCCACAGACAAACACCAGGCACAGAGGCUGGGCUGGAUUUUCAGGCUGUGACAGAGCAGCCAUGACAGACACUGUGAUGAGUGGUGGUUCUGAUCGCUGGGUAUCAAACAAUAGACAAAGGGGAAUGCAUUCAAGUGAUAAAGAACAGGAGAACUGGACCAUGCAGCAAGGUCCUGGUGCAGGUCCAGACCUAACGGAUGAAGAGAAGGAGAUUAUCAACAGUGUAAUUGCCCGCGCUGAGAAAAUGGAGGCCAUGGAACAAGAAAGAAUUGGGCGCUUGAUAAAUAACCUGGAUGAUAUGAAGAAGACCGUGUGUGGGGAUGGAGUGUCCCGCUGUUUGGUGUGUGGAGAGCAGCUGGGCUCACCUGGGGUCAGCUCAGUGGUGUGUGAAGACUGUAAAAAGAGCAUGUGUACUAAGUGUGGUACGCAGUGUAGCAGCCGGCCACGUGCUGUGUGGCUAUGCAAGAUCUGCAGGGAACAGAGAGAGGUAUGGAAGAGGUCCGGUGCAUGGUUCUUUAAAGGUUUCCCGAAACAUUUUCUCCCUGCUCCAAUGCCUUUGUCCAAACCUAAAGAUGAGCCUGCUCCAGCCACAGCAAAGAGCAAAGGACCACCUGCUUCGGAGUCAAAAGAGGCCAUACCUCAAACACAGCGACCACCAGGUUUGAAUUAAUAGGAUGAAAGUCAAACUUCUGUCUCUGAGCAGGAAGGUCCAGGUCAAGCGCCACACACCCGUGCUGGAUACCCACCGGUGGCGCCAAAGCCUGCAGUGGCACGCAUGGCCACAGGCGGUGCAGGUGCUGAUGAGGCGGGGCAGUCUAGCCCAGUGGUGAUGAAAAAGAUGAUCCCUGUUCAUAGCUCCAGGCCUGGUGCCUCAGCUACUAUAGCUCAGCAGGGAUCAGUGGUUGGAGAAACAGGACUCUACUCCUCUGAGCAAAGAGCUCCCCCUGCUGCAGACAGGAGGCAGCCUGCUGCCUACAGUGCUCCUCCAGUCCGACAGCAGCCUCCCCCAGAGGAGGAGGAGGAGGCCAACGACUACGACUCUGAUGAAGCCACAACUCUGGGCUCUCUGGAAUUCAGUCUUCUCUAUGAUCAGGAAAGCAACAGCCUCCAUUGUAGCAUCCUCAAAGCAAAGGGACUUAAACCAAUGGAUUCCAAUGGUUUGGCAGAUCCUUAUGUCAAGCUUCAUCUUUUACCAGGAGCAAGUAAGUCAACAAAGCUGCGCACAAAAACACUUAGAAAUACCCGGAACCCUGUGUGGAAUGAGACGCUCACAUAUCACGGACUGACAGAUGACGACAUGCAACGCAAGACUCUUAGGCUGUCUGUCUGUGAUGAAGACAAGUUUGGGCAUAAUGAGUUUAUUGGUGAAACUAGAGUCGCGCUGAAGAAACUGAAGAUGAACCAGAAGAAGAACUUCAAUGUGUGUCUCGAGAGAGUUGUCCCAACCAAGAGGACUGCGACAGCUGGAGUAGCCAGGGGCAUAGCUCUUUACGAAGAUGAGACAGGGAAAGAUGGGAGCGAGUCAGAGGAGCGUGGUCGAAUCCUCAUUUCUCUCAUGUACAGCACUCAACUGAACCGCCUCAUAGUAGGUGUUGUACGCUGUGUUCAUCUCGCUGCUAUGGAUGCCAAUGGGUACUCUGAUCCUUAUGUCAAAAUUUGUCUUAAACCUGACAUGGGAAAAAAGGGCAAGUCUAAAACACAAAUCAAGAAGAGAACUCUCAACCCAGAGUUUAACGAAGAGUUCAGCUAUGACAUCAAACACAGUGAACUUGCUAAGAAGACCCUAGACAUAUCUGUGUGGGAUUAUGACAUUGGAAAGGCCAAUGAUUACAUAGGUGGAUGUCAGCUGGGUAUUACUGCCAAAGGGGAACGACUCAAACACUGGUAUGAAUGUCUGAAGAAUAAAGACAAGAAGAUUGAGCGUUGGCACACCUUGUUAAAUGAAAAUCACAUCUCUAGUGAUUAACCCGUCAUUCUGCAUGAGUGGGGUUGUCAUAUGCUUGCUAACUUAGUUUAUUAUCAUAUCCUGACGCACUUUUUACAUGCUUC